UCUCGCACCCUUCCCCGCCCCACCCAGGAGACCUGUUGGAGUCGCGGGGCGGCGCGGGAGGAGGCCGCCUGCAGGAGUCCCCCCCCGCCCCGAGGGUGUCGGGUCCUCCCGCCUGCCUUGGUUUGGGGGCGUGUCUGCCGCGCCUUGCACGUCCAAAGGGGCAGAGGCGGCGCGCCGUCGGAAGCAGCUCGGCCCCGAGGAGCGCGCAGCAACCCGGGCGCGCGGGCGGGCCCCUCCGCAGCUCGGUCCUGCCUUCGAGGCGGCUCCCCCGGCGGGCCGCUCCGCCUCUCCGGCUUCAAGCGCCGGGAAGGAAAGGAGCGGAGCGAGGUGGACGCGGCUCCGCUUGCCUCCUCGAUGCGCCCCGCUGGGGAGGGCAGCGGCGCCCCGCGAUGGGCUCCUGCGUGACCAAAGAAUUCUUCACAAGCGCCCACAAGGAGCAGCCCGUCGCUCCCCAGCUGGACUGUCCUCCUGCUGCCCCCCAAGGGAACCGCUGCCCUCCCUUUGCCCCAGAAAAGGACGACAAGGAGGAAUGCCUCAAAGACUCCAGCGGGCUCCUGCCUGCAGGUGACACGGGCUCCCCCAGUGCCUAUCACGUGACGGCCCUCGCCACCUCUUCCCUGGUCGGCCUCGUCCGGACUAUCAAGGACCACAUCACCAAGCCCACAGCCAUGGCCCAGGGUCGCGUGGCCCACCUCAUUGAGUGGAAGGGCUGGAGCGCUCCCCGGACGGGCUGGGAGCAGGCGCUGACGGACGAGGAGAUCUACGCCGACCUCACCGAUGAGCUGAAGGAGGCAUGGUUUGCAGCAGGUGUGGCUGCACAGUUUGCCAUCGCCGAAGCCACGCUGAGUGCCUUGUCCUCCCUGGAUGAAGAGGAGUUGAAUUAUGGGGGGAUGUCACAGGAGGCUGCUGCACUCCAAGAUCUGGGAAGCAUCUACCCGCCGGGGAAUUUGCUCCUCACCCUCCAGGGUGCUGUGAGCCCCUCCAACGUCACAGAAAGCCUCCAGGCCUUCUCUCUGUCGAGCUGCAAGUCCCCUGCUCCAAAUGGGCACUCGCUGGGCAACAGCUGGAACAGCCCCAUGGACAGCUUGGGAAGGGCGCCCCCCAGGGAAGGGGACCAGGAGAGCCCGGCUGGGUCCCUCUGGCUGCAGCAGAGCGCCACCUCCCUCCGCUACGUGGACAGCAGCUCCCUCUCGGAGGACGAGGUCUUUUAUAACUAGAGGACAGACCGGUGGUGGUGGGGAGUCUCAGCCGUGGGUCAGCUGCAGCUUGAGCUUCUGAGAAGGAUGUGGUCGUUGCAGGUUUUGUGAGGGGUUCGGCCUUUCCAUUCAGUGGGCAAGAGAACUGAUUUCUUGGGAUUGGAGGAAGUUUUAUCCGUGUCCCAUUACGGCAGCAUCACUCUGAAGAAGGUCACAGAGGUUAAUUCUUUCGUGGUGCCAUUCCUCCUUCUGGGGUGAACCCCCCAAAAAGUCCUUGUGUCUUGUAACAAAGGUGGGUAUAGUCUCACGACAGCCCUUCUUUUAAACUGAAUUGGGGUGUGUGUGCUGUGUUUGCCAGCAAUGUGUUUUUAAGGUGGAUCCACACAGGUCCGUUGGCGGCUGUCGAUUUAGUAAAAGAAAAUUGGGCGCUGUGUGCAACUCCAGUCCUUCCUGUAUCUGUGUGACUAGUGAGAGCUGCCAAGUGACCCUCUUCUCUUUGCUUGCUUGAUUCGCUGAUGAUCAGGGCAGAUUCAUUGCUGUUUCCUCAAGGGGAGCCUGCAUGAAGGCUGAGAACGGCCUGCUUUGGAUACCUACUUGUCCCACCACUCACCCGGAUCCCCCAGCGCACUGUGUAUAUUUGUAAAUAAAUAAAAAAGAUAUUGCUCAGAAAUCCCGAAAGCCUCCAGCGCUUGCACU